AUGCCGGAAAUCGCAGUUGCUGCCAGUGUACUCUCAACCCUGUUUAGUGGCGCCACGAGUGUGGCCAGUAUCGUCAUGUCACACCAGUUCAUCAUAGCAGGCGAAACCAUAUUCAUCAAUCUGAUCAGUGCUCUCAUGCAUGGAGAUGGUGUAGGAAGCUCGGGUGACAUUCGUACAUUCCUUCAGGACGGAUCCUGGGUCAAUGUUCCUGACAUGGAUAUGGCAAAGACUAGUCAAACUAUGAUGAGCAUGAUCCAGUCCUCAAUGAUUAACUACCUCUGCGCAUGCAACGGCAUCGGUUCAACGGGGCCUAAGGACCAGGAUAACCUUAUUUGGUGGUGUGAUGACAAUAACCAAGCAUGGUAUCUUUACUAUUGGCAGAGGCGACCCACCGAUCAAGACACUCAAUAUGAUAAUUCGGAUAACGGAUGGAUUGCUCGUCCGUGGGGAUCAGACCGGAUGGGCAAACCCCCCUACUUGAAGACAACGGGAGGUAGUGGCCCAUUCUGGGAGAAUAUCAAUCCCUCGGAUGCUGUUAUCUCCGCCAAAGCCUACCGAGUAGCCGGUAACGACUAUGAUACAGCCACUUGGAACAAGCGGAUAGAGGAGAUAUUCAGUACUGGAGCGAACCCGUGGUCUGAAGGUACCAGUAUGGAAGGGCUGUGGACAAUUCCUGUGUGCGAUAUCAGUGCCACUGUUAGUAGUGACUACGAUUAUGCCUUCAAACAGUAUAUCCUACAGCCAUACGGAUAUGGAUAUAAGCCGAAGUGGUGUGGGCCCAUCUGUGGCAAUGACGCCAACCAGACUAUAGCCUUCUAUCAAAAGGCAAACUUCGGCAAUGGCUUUUCGGCACCCUUUCUAGAUAGUUGUGAGUAUGCUGGCAAGACUUGGGAUUGGCAAACAGGAGACACAAGUAACUGA